UUUGCUGUUUAUAGUUCCUUUUCUCAAUUUCACUCUUUACGUCUAUAAUUCGUUUUCUCCUUCCUAUUAAUAAUUCGUUUUCUUUUUUUUUCUAUUUACAAUAGUCUAUCUCUUUUUCUGUCUCACUCUCUCUAUUGUUUUCUCUACAUGCACGCACACCAAAUAUUUACCAGUGUGCGUGAAUGUACAUUAAACAAACCUGGUUCGCCCGCUGUUAUAGGCUCUUGACUUAAAAGAGGGCAUUUAACAUUGCAUCAUGGAUGUCUUUCGUAAAACAUGUAAACUUUGGUCCUCGUGGUUCUACCUCGUAUCGAGGAAACGAACCAACCAGAACUUCAUGCGUUGCUUUCAAACCAGCGCUUGUUGCCAACACAAAGAUAUGAACUCCAAUGAACUCAGUGAAGACAGCUCGACAACACCAACCACUAAAACACCCAUCACCAAAACUCCAAAACCAAUUUCAGAGAGUGUGAAGAGGGCCAAGUGUGAAGCAUUAUGGGGGAUGUUUAUUGGAGAUGCUUUGUCCAUGCCAGUCCACUGGUACUACAACACCAAUGAUAUCCUGAAGAACUAUGACAGGUGGAUAUCAGACUACACAGCUCCAAAGACAUUUUACAGUGGAUCUAUUCUUCCAUUGUCUGCAGCUGAUGACAGUGGUCGCAAAUCUUCAAGUAAUAAUCAAACCAAAGCCAUUAUAGGCCAAGUAAUUUUACAUGACAAACUUAAAUUCUGGACAAGUGGAGAUCCAUAUUUUUACCACCAAGGGAUGGAGCCAGGUGACAAUACUCUUAAUAUGUUGGUCGCUCUGAAAAUCCUUCAGACCAUGCAAGAAACUGACCCAUGGGCACUAAAGUCCGACCAAGAAGUCAUGGCCAGUGUACUGGAGUCCUAUGUCCAUUUCAUGACCACACCCGACACUCACAAUGACACUUAUGCAGAAUCUUUCCAUCGGCUGUUCUUCAAAGACUGGAAUGCCGUUCCUGACCCUCCAUUAAGGGGACAAGACAUUUUUGAUUUUGCUAAAAGAAGGUCGCGGCAAAUGUUAUCUCAACCACCUGAUAGCCAACUGUCGGGCAUUGGAGCUUUGGUAUUGGUUUUGCCUUGGGUUCUACGCAAUGCUGGCAAAACUGAAGAUGAGUGUGCGCAGACAGCAGUUGAAUUCAUCAAGCUAACGCACCCAGUUCAAUCCCUGAUACCCUUCGUUGACAUCUACUCCAGACUGUUUCACGCCACCUUGAAUGGGUUUGAUUUGGGAUCUGAAGUAAGAAAAAUACUGGCACAUGCUUCUUUGGGAGGCCAUGACAACAGACACAUGAUGUUACAUUUAGCAGAUCAAGUAAGCAGCUCUGAAAACUCGUUAAAAGGUCACCAAAGAAACACCAGUUUACUUGGAUUGGCAUGCUACAUUGAAUCUUCCAUGAAAACCCUACUCUACCUGAUGCUGUGUUUUGCUGAAGACUUUAACAGCGGUACAUAUGUCAACACCAAUAGUGGAGGUGAGAACUGUCAUCGUGGUGCAGCAUUAGGAGCUGUUUUAGGUGCAGCUUCGGCGCAGGGAAAAAGUGAGAAGAUCAAAAACGUCUGGAAAAGUGGCUUGACGCCCCCAAAAUUAGGGGAUUCCUUAUACACGUUGAAAUACAGUAAUAUUAUCAAGAAUCAUGUGCUUGUCAGAAGGAAGAACCUGUGCUAUGACCUGCACAAAUAUUCUAAAACAGAGCAGUUUCCAGUGUUCAGGGGUCAGCUUCAGUCUAAACUAAAGUUAAUUUAUUUGCCAACGAAACUUGAAAUCUAA